GGUUUAACUUUAUCCCUUUUCUUUUUUUCCCGGCUAAUUCACAUUCAUAAAUUAAUAAAAACCACACUAAUAUAAAAAUGGAAACACCCGGGUCAUCGACAACGAUUUCAGCGACUCUGUCGCCCAGCGAGAGAUCAAAAGUAUUCCAGAAGCAAUACCAAGCAAUGAAUCCCGAGGAGCGCGGUACCUUCAACAACUGGAGCCGGGCAGUAUCCAACCUCACUGGCUGGGGACUGACUGAGCGUGAGAAGCAGGAGCGUCAGGUGCUCAAGGAGUUCGAAAGUGACAUGAAGGACUGCCGGACGUGCGAAAAAUGGCGCGAUGAUCUGCUCAAAACCAGCCCAUUGGUAUUGUUCAUGUCCGAAAGCUUAAAGAAAUCAGGAACGCCCUUCGACGAGAGCAACAUGCCGUGCAUGAAGUGCGACGAGAUGCGUAGCGGCGGCUUCUCCACCGACGGUGUCAUUCAGCUGUGCUACAAUCGGCUGUUUGGCAAGGGCCAUUUGGAAACGACAAUUGCUCAUGAAAUGGUGCACGCGUACGAUCAAGCAAACUACAACAUCGACUGGUACAACUUGGAGCAUCACGCAUGCACUGAGAUCAGAGCGGCUAGCCUCAGCGGCGACUGCACUUGGUUCCAGGAGAUGAUGCGCGGAAACUUAGGAUUUUUUAAGCAUCACCAGGUCUGCGUCAAGCGCAGAGCCGCGCUGUCUGUCCGGGAAAACCCCAACUGCAAGUCUGACAAGCAUGCUGAGGCCGCAGUCAAUAAGGUCUUUAAAAGCUGCUUCACAGAUACACGCCCAUUCGACGAGAUUUACUAGAUAUGGUUUGUUGUUGUUGCAAAAGUAAAUAAAAGUUAAAAAUAAAUAAAUAA